UUCCUGUUCUCACCGAGGAAAUAGGCCCGACUCGUCCUUGCGUACUUCAUAUAUCACGUUAUUGCUCUCAGUUUAGUUUCGCUCUCGGCCCCAUAUCCGCCUAUGGUCCUAGGUGUGGCUCACAUAUACGCCAGAUCUUGCUCGUUGAUUAUGCCGACUCCCCGUCGCUCCUUCCAGCUCUUUGCGACGUCCUAGAGGAGAACUCUUGCUGGUAAAUUUUCCGGACUUUCGUCAUGUAUCACCCCGGCGUCCAGCAACCUCCGAGUGUUUACCAGGUUCGUCGAUCGUCCAACGAUCUGCGAUUCCUUUAUCGCACGCCGAGCGGGUACUAUCCAGCGACACCUCAGAUGUCAAUGGCACCGCAAUACAUGCAACCUGCCCCUGUGCCAGCCAUGUCGUACGCCUAUGCUCCUCAGCAUCAUUAUCUAAGGCGUCAUGCGAAUAAUUGCUGCGAUUCAUGCUGUACUUGUUGGUAUUCCUGUUGCCCACGAGAUUGUUGCCAGUGUUGUUGCGACUGCUGUUGUUACUGAUGCAGCGAAGAAAAAUUAGGGAUGAAUGAGUAACGAGCCGGGAUUGUACAUCUUAUAUUCUUACAAUCUAAUCGAGUCGCUAUCUUUUGCUGGACUUUCAUGCC